AUGGCCGGAGCGACUGUGACCGUGGAGGAGGUGAGGAAGGCGCAGCGCGCCACCGGUCCGGCCACCGUGCUGGCGAUCGGGACGGCGACGCCCGCCAACUGCGUGUACCAGGCGGACUACCCGGACUACUACUUCCGGAUCACCAAGAGCGAGCACAUGACCGACCUCAAGGAGAAGUUCAAGAGGAUGUGUGACAAGUCAGGCAUCAAGAAGCGCUAUUUCCACCACACGGAGGAGACGAUCAGCAGGCACCCGGAGUUCCUAGACCGCGCGCUGCCGUCGCUCGGCGCGAGGCUGCGAACCACCGCGGACGCCGUGGCAGAGCUCGCCGCGGCCGCGGCGGCAACAGCGAUCGCGGAGUGGGGCCGCCCAGCGGUCGACAUCACGCACCUUGUCGUCGCCACCAACUCCGGUGCCGACGAGCCGGGCGCGGACCUCCGCCUCGCUAUGCUACUAGGACUCCGGCCGACCGUGCGCCGCACCCUGCUCUAUCUGCACGGCUGCUCGGCGGGGCUCGUGGCCAUCCGCGUCGCCAAGGACAUCGCCGAGAACAACCGCGGCGCCCGCGUGCUCGUGGCGUGCGCCCACGCCGUGCUCCUCAGCUUCGGCGCGCCGGACGAGGCCCGCCUCGACGCGCUCGUCACCACGGCUCUCUUCGCUGACGGCGCCGGCGCGGUCGUCGUCGGCGCCGACCCGACGCUGCCCGUCGAGCGCCCCGUCUUCCACUUCGUGUCCUCGUCACAGGCGACGCUGCCGGCGACAGAACGUACCGUUGGGAUCACCCUGGGCGAGAGCGGCGUCGAGUACGGCGUGUCCACGGAGGUGCCGACGCUUGUCCGCGACAGCAUAGAGCGGUGCCUGGCGGACUCGCUGGCGCCGCUUGGCCUCGCGAACGCGAGAGACGGCGGCGGCUGGAACUGGAACAGCCUCUUCUGCGCGGUGCACCCUGGUGGCCGCGCGCUCUUGGACAGCUACGAGGCCGCAUUGGGCCUGGAUGCACGGAAACUCGCGGCUAGCCGGCACGUGCUGGCCGAGUACGGCAACAUGUUGGGGGCGACCAUCAUCUUCGUCCUCGACGAGAUACGGCGGCGCCGCCAAGAUGGUGGGGAGGAAAGGGAGAACUGCAGGUGGGGGAUCAUGUCGGGACUUGGGCCGGGACUUACAGUUGAGACUAUAGUUUUGCAUGCUGCCGGCAGCCGGAACGAAGACUAG